AUGGAUAUAUUAAAUAUAAAAAAAAAAAUAAAAAAUGAAUUACUUUCAAUUUUUUUUUAUGAAAAAAUUGAACACUAUAAAACAUGCAACAUAGUGGUUCAAAUAGAAGAUUUAGAAUAUUCAAAAAAUAAAAGAGUAAAAUCAGUACUAUUUAUUGACGUUACCUCCAAAGAAACAUUAAGAAAAAAAUCAAUAAUAAUCAUUAACUAUUUACAAUACAUUACAAAUGGAAAUAACUGUAAACUCUAUAUAGAGUGUUUUUCAGAACUAGCUUUAUUGGAUACAUCAAUCAUUUUACACUUAAUACCCCAUCCUUGUAUAAAAUAUAAAAAAAUAGUUGAUAAUAAGGAAAUUUUUCAUUAUCAGGAAGAUUACAAAACAUCUACAAAAGCAGAUUAUUUAAAAAGAAAGAAUAUUGAUGACAUUUUAAAUAAUAAUAAUAAUAAUAAAAAUAAAAAGAAAAUUAAAACAACCAAGGAUGAUUUAGCAAAAAUAGAUAAUAAUAAUUGUAUUAAUAAUACAGACAAUAAUAAUUGUAAUAAUUCUAAUAAUAAUAUCAAUGACAAUAAUGACAAAAAUAGUAGUAAUAACAUAAUAAUCAAAGAAACCAAACCUUUUAAACUAAUAAUAAAAAACAACCAAAGCACCAAACCAAUUACAAAUUAUUUAAUUAAAGUUUACAAUGAAUUAUAUAAUCAAAAAGGAGAUACUGGCCUAAUUAAUUUAUUUUCCAGAUUAUUAAACUAUUUCAAAUAUGUAGAUAGUAGUUUAAUAAAUCAAAAAAUUGAUAAUUAUUUGAUUAGCAAUAACAACAAUAAUAAAAUUUUCAAAUUAUUAUCAAUUUAUAUAUUUUCACAUUUAAAUUAUUUUGUUAAAAAAACUAAUUCAGAUAUUAAAGAUAUAAAAAAAAUUUAUGAAUCAGUUUUAAUAAAAAUUAAUAAUAGGGAACAUAUUAAAUCAAUCCAUUCGUUUUAUAAAAGAAUCAAUAACAAAAAUAAAUAUUAUUCAAUAAAUAGUGACAUUAGUGAUUAUUUAAAGUUUAUAGAUUACAGUGUUGAAAUAGAAAUAAGAAAAAUUAAUUUUUAUAAUUACCAACUCCAAUAUUCAACAAAACCAAUUUUAAAUGAAAACAAUAAAAAUACAAAAACUAUAAACAACUCUUUUAAAAAUAUAAAAAACAAUAUUAACAAUAAUAAUACUUAUAAUAAUAAUAUUAAAUAUCCAUAUAAUAGUGAGGAACUCGUCAAAGUUUAUGACCAAGAGGUGUUCACUUAUAACUUUUAUUUAAAACCAGAUUUAUAUUGCAACAAAAACAUAUUCAAAAGUGAUUUCGGAAACAACCCAGAAGAAUUAAAAUAUGAAAGAACUAUUUUAAAAAACAAUAUUUUCUAUGAACCACCUCAAAAUGGUAACUAUUCAAUCUCUCCAUCUCUAGAGUUGUUCAAGUUGUGUUUUAGUGUCUUUAGCAGCGGUUUAUUUAAAAACUUUGACUGGGGUGAAGAAUCGGAUGAAACUAGAGUAAUAAUUUCAGGUGGCUCUAUUUCUGCAUGUCUUGAUACACUUCCAAUCUCAAUUAAAAAAGAAUUCGUCAAUUAUAAAACAAUCGAAAGAUAUUUAUACAAAUCAAAAAUGCCUGUGUUGUUAGUUAGAAAAUUUAUGGAAUUGGUUUUUGAAAGCUCCCUUUUAAAAGAAUUACUUUUCGAGAGAUUCUUUGGUAAAAGUUCACCUAACCAUGAAAGCGAUAUUGAUGUUUGGUUUAUUAGCCAAGAUUUAAAUAGUGCCAAAAAGAAACUUUUCCAAGCUAUUGAAAUUAUUAAAUCAAAUUUUAGAGAAGCCAACCCACUUUUUGAAAAUUCAUUUACAUUUGUUCGUUCGCCAAAUGCAAUAACAUUUAUUGGAACGUACCCAUUUAGAAAAAUUCAAUUUAUAAUCAAAAUAUACAAAUCUGUUGAUCAUUUACUUUCUGCAUUCGAUAUGGAUUGUGUCAAAGUGUUUUAUGAUGGGUCCAAUGUGUUUAUGCAUAAAGAAUCUAUAGAUUCAUACAAUAAAAGGUACAAUAUCGCUUAUAGUUUAUUUAUUAGAUCCAAUAAAUUACGUAUAAACAAAUAUCUAGACAGAGGUUUCAUUACAUUUAGCAAUAUAGAAAAUGUUGAUUAUUGCACUUCAUCUUCUCAAGACUCUUUUCCUUUUAAUAUAAAAUCGCCAAAAAAAGUCUUUGAUUUUGAAGAAAUGGAAAGUUUAUUAACCGAUAAGUUUGGAAGAGAAGAAGUUUCAAAAGAUCAAUAUUAUUUAUUGGAAAAUCCAAGUUCAUAUACAGAAUUUUAUCAAGGAAUAUCAUUUAAGGAAAAAUUUGAAAUUUCCCCAAAAAUCUCAAUCGAAUGUAAAGCUUGUAGAAGGUACCUAAAAUAUUUCUAUAAAAAUAAUUACAAAAAAUUUUGUGCACCUAAAGGAAAUAGAUGUUCAAUGUUUUUUAAAAUAUUACCUAUUUCUACGUUUUGUCUAAAAGUAAUUUCACGAUUAAAAUAUUCACUUGUACUUGGUGGAAGAACAGGUUUAGGUUUUCGACUUGCUUUUUAUCUUUUAGAACUAGGUUUUACAGUAAUCAUUACAUCUAGAUUUCCAGAAAUUACAAAAAAAAAAUUUUCUCAAGAACAAUUUACUUGCUAUUUACCUAGACUACAUAUUGUUAAAGUCGAUUUCAAUGAUACAGUUCAAACUGAAAAAUUUAUCAAGUAUAUUAUAGUAACAAUUCCAAAAUUAGAUUUUUUAUUCAAUACAAUUAAAUUUUCAAAUAAAAAUAUAAAUAAUAACUAUUCAUCAAUUUUUAAUCAAUUAAAAACACAAGAAGAAAGUUUAAAAAUAAAUAAUAAUAAUAAUAAUAAUGAUAAAAAUGAUAAUAAUAAUAAUAAUGAUAAUAAUGAUGAUGGUAUUGAUGAUGAUAAUAUUGAUUACGGAGAAUCUUUUUAUUAUCCCGACCAACAUAAUAAACCUCAAUUCAAAAUAAUUAAUAUUAGUAAUAAAAAUAUUUAUAAAUAUGAUACCAAAACUGAUAAAUCAAUAUUCACUACAUCAAAAUUCACAACAUCAACAGCAACAUCAACUACCAACCAAAUUAUAAAUAAUUCAAUGGUGCUAACUAAUGAAUAUAUAAAUUAUAUUCAUUAUAAAUUACCAAAAUUAAUAAUUAGCCAAUUAAUUUCAAUAAUUGAAAAUCAAAAGUUAAUUAAUGAAUAUUUUUAUAAGUCAAAAAAAAUAGUCCGGAAUGUUCUUGGUGAAUAUAUUCAUGAAAUAUUUUCAGGAACAGGUGUUAUUUUUAACAUUAAUUGGAAAGAAGGAGAUGAAAUUGAUAAAAUAAUAAUUCUACACAAUAAAAAUAUUAAUAAUAAUAUUUAUAAAAUAAAUUAUAAAGUUUAUGAAAACUUUGAAAAAAAAGAAGGUAAUACCAAUAGCUUAGAAUAUGAUAUUCAUUAUCUAAAGUAUCUAGUCAGGGAUAAAGAUGAUAAAAAAUGCUAUAUCAAAAGAAAAGAAAACCAACUUCUAUUAAAAAGUAAAGGGUCAACCGAAAAUAUCUGUUUUGAGAUACUUAAACAAGUUUUUAAAAACUAUUUCACAUUCACAAAUUGGACCUAUGAAUAUUAA